UGUUGUCGAUAUUUUGUGGGACAGGCCAGGGAUAGCCGGGAGCCACCUGUGUUUAUAUCUCCAUGCAUAAGUGGAGAUUGUCCGCGGCCGUGGUUACACCCUCCGUCACAUGAGUGCGGUUCAGCCGGGACGCUGCCAUUCAUUGUCAUGACUUUAGAGGACCCAUUCUACGUCGUCAAAGAUGAGGUGUUCAAAGCAUUAAACAAGACCAGGGGCCUGUACCUGCGCUGGCAGGAGAUCUCCAAGGCGCCCGUCGCGCCCACCAGCCCCGAGGUGGAGUGGACCUCCACGGAGCUGAGGAAUGCGCUGCGCAGCAUCGAGUGGGACUUGGAGGACCUCGAGGACACCAUCAAUAUCCUUUUUAUCAUUGUAGAAAAAAACUCAUCGAAAUUUAAAAUCGACAAUAAAGAAAUUUGCGACAGGAGGACUUUCAUAGAAGCUACUAAGCAGGAGGUGAAGGUGAUGAAGACGAAGAUGAGUCUUAACCGGAACCGCGACAGCGACGGCACGGCGCGCGAGCCGCUGCUGGGCGACGAGAGCCCGCCGCCCUUCGCCGGCUCGUGGACCAGCACGCCCAAGUACAGCCAGUACUCCAAGCUGGCCUCGCAGGACAGCCCGCGGCUCGAGCUGCUCGCCGCACAGCGCCGCAUGCUGGGCGCGCAGGACGACCAGCUGCAGGUCAUCAGCCACUCCGUGGGCUCGCUCAAGACGCUCUCCAAGCAGAUCGGCAGCGAGCUCGACGACCAGGCCGUCAUGCUGGAUGACCUGAACACGGAGCUGGAGAACGCCGACUCCAAGCUGGACUCCACGAUAAAGAAGGUGGCCAAGGUGCUGCACAUGAACAAUGACCGACGCCAGUGGCUGGCCAUCUUGAUCCUGAUAGGUCUUCUAGUGGUUAUUCUAAUAUUGUUCGUUAUAAUUUGAACACCUAAGUCAUAAGGAACCCGUAGCUAAGUGUACUGAGCCGCGCCACUCCGAGAUGAUGUACCCAACGCAAUGUAGUUUAUUUUGAGACUCGUAGCGUGAGGGUAGCGUUGAGAAAAUACACGUUAACCCUUAAAAAUAUGUAUGUAUUGAAGUGAGGCAUAGUGGGUUACCCUUUAAUUUACGUCUUUAAUUUUCUUUUGAUCUCGUCCAAAUUUUCUGUCAUUAAAAUGCAAGAAACCGUUACAAAUACAAGCGGAAGAAAAUCGUUAUUUUCCUCGUUUCUCGAGGUUCUAGAAGCACGAGAGAAAAAAGCGCAAGCUGAUCGGCAAGUUCAAGAAGAGAAGUACUGGAGGAGGACUCAAAGAAUUUAUGAUUCGGAUGUCGGCUCACGGGCUAAACCUGGAUGAGAGGCUUGCCAUCUCGAUGUACAAGUUUUAUGCGGAUCCUUCCCGCAAAGCGCAUAAAGUCUGAUUUGGCGAGGAAAGCAACCCACCGCAGAUAUGCAAAUGGGCUUGGAGGACUCGACGAUUCAGCAAGGCAAGUUGGAUGGCCUAGGGCGAUGGUAGAGGGCGCAUAGUUACCAUCGGCCAGACACAUCAUCUGACCUCUCUUCCAGUCCAGUUCCAAUUUUUUUUUAAUUUUCAUACAAAAUAAAUUUUAUAUAAUUAACUUUUAAAAAAAAUAAAACCGACUUCAAAUGCGUGAACACGAAAAAAACUAAAAAUUAAAAAUAUUGCGUAUAAAAAGUUCAUCCCCAAUUUUCCACUCUUGGAGGUGAAAUAUUUUCUUCAAAUUCGCAUGAAACCACCCUUUUAAUAAUACCUAUUCAACAAAAAAAUAAUCGUUCAAAUUGAUUUAUAAUCGGCGGGGAGAUAUUGCGUAUAAAAAAGUUCAUCCCCAAUUUUCCACCCUUGGGGGUUGUUUUUUCUAUUAUUAAAUUUAAAUGGGACCACCCUUGAGGUAUUACCUAUACGCCGAAAAAAGAUUUGUUCAAAUCGGUUCAUAAUUGGCGGAGUUAUCGCGUAACAAACAUAGAAAAAAAAAAACAUACGGGUCGAAUUGAGAACCUUCUCCUUUUU